GUUGAUGCUUCCACUGUUGGCACAACACCAUCUUUUCAACUUCUUAACGGCUCCAGAGCUAUCCUACCUUGUCGGUACAAUCAUGCUGUAUAUGAGAUAUACUGGGUAUACCACAAUGGCGAGCACGAAGAGGAAGGGGACACUCUUGUCCACUUAGACAUGCACUUUUGCGUCGGUAGACGGUGUGGAAAGGGCGUUGACGAAGGGCGUUUCAACAUCAGUGAUGACUUUUCUCUAUUGAUCGAGCCAGUCAUGAUGCAAGAUGAUGGUCGGUACUCCUGUAUUGUGUCUGAUAUAGCAUUGGGAAAUUCAUAUGAGAAUUACACUGAUGUCACGGUAUACGUUGAUGGUCCAACUGUUGGCACAACACCAUCUUUUCAACUUCUAAACGGCUCCAGAGCUAUCCUACCUUGUCGGUACAAUCAUGCUGUAUAUGAGAUAUACUGGGUAUACCACAAUGGCGAGCACGAAGAGGAAGGGGACACUCUUGUCCACUUAGACAUGCACUUUUGCGUCGGUAGAUGGUGUGGAAAGGGCGUUGACGAAGGGCGUUUCAACAUCAGUGAUGACUUUUCUCUGUUGAUCGAGCCAGUUAUGAUGCAAGAUGAUGGUCGGUACUCCUGUAUUGUGUCUGAUAUAGCAUCGGGAAAUUCAUAUGAGAAUUAUACUGAUGUCACGGUAUACGUUGAUGGUCCCACUGUUGGCACAGAACCAUCUGUUCAACUUCUUAACGGCUCCAGUGCUAUCCUACCCUGUCAGUACAAUCAUGAUGUAUACGAGAUAUACUGGGUAUACCAGAAUGGCCACGACGAAUCCGGAGGGGACACUAUUGUCAAAUUGGACGUGUACUUUGACAUUGGUAAACGGAGUGGUAAGGGCUUUGAAGAAGGGCGUUUCAACAUCAGUGAUGACUUUUCUCUGUUGAUCGAGCCUGUCAUGAUGCAAGAUUAUGGUCGAUACUCAUGUAUUGUGUCUGAUAUAGCAUCGGGAAAGUCAUAUAAGAAUUACACUGAUGUCACGGUAUAUGUUUAUGCCAACACCACAAACACGAAUUUCGUCACCAUCAAGCAAUGUGAAGACUUGAUCAAUCUAAACCAAUCCACAGCUUAUGAAGAAACACCAUGUAUCCAUCUUGUCCCUGACAACCAGACCGUGUUUCAACUGAACUGCUCAGUUUACGGGGCGAUGCCGGAGGUUUCUAUCUCUUGGACGACCAAUGGAACCAAGGUCGGGACGUACCUGACGUUUACGAUCGAAGAUCGAAAAGACGGAACGUUUGACCAGACGCUGACGAUGACAGGGUCUGUGAAUGAGACUAGGAAUGGUACUGUCUUUAUCUGUGUGGCUGAAGGGUUGUCUGUUGGCGGACUUGCUUAUACUUCACUUAUAUUCUUCAAGACUGAACAUCAAUCUGAAGUCCCAAGUCAUGAGCCUACAAGUUCUACAAACCUACUUGCAAUGAAAAUCGCUGUACCGAUUGUGGUAGGAUUUGCAGUGACCGCUGUUGUGGGAUUGUUCGUCUGGAGAUAUCCGAGACAUAAAGAAGAUCGAGGAACACGUUUGAAGAAGGUGAAGAACUCUGCCGAUGAUGAAGAGGAAUGGAAGCAAUAGACAGGAUAAUUUCUGAAUUUCUUCACAAGCCAGAAGUUUUGAGAAAAUAUUGAGUGUUUGCAUAGUUGACUACGUGCAUGCUAAUUUCAUACUGUAUUGUCCAAUCAUACUUAUCAUAAUGUAUUUAUAAGCUCCUAACUAAAUAAAGAUGUUUAACGAAAUGAGCUUGAAUAUCAACAAUUAAGUAAACAGUAUGGAGAUAAUUCAAUAAUCUUGAAAAAUAAACAGCUUGCACCUGUCAACAAUUUUGUAUGAAAUUGAUCUUUGACGCCAUAAUGUAAAUACAGCUGCUAAUUUUCAACUUGUCAAAUUUGCAUAUUGUAGUUCAGUGUUUGUUCUUUUGUUUAAGGGGGAGGUGGCAAAAUGAGGAUGAAGGGAAGGGGGGGGAGAUGAGAAAAAAAAAGGAACACGCCUCACCCUAAAAUAACUAUAUUUUUUCAUGUGAAGAACCACAAAGUAGUUACUGGGGCUAAUAAAGGAUGGAAGAGCUAGGGCACGAUUGAAGUGCUUAAAUAAUAAAUUUGUUAGUAGUUUUAUGCUUGUCACCUGCCAUUGACACCGAUUUUCCAAGUGGCGGCAUCAGGAUGUAAAAAAAAAUAUUGGGGAGGGAUUUUUUUUUUUUUUUUUUUUUUUUGGGGGGGGGGGCGGGGAGUAAGAGCAUUUGCUUUACAAUAUUUUCUUUUAAAAAUUCGGGGGGAAUGCAUAUUUUUUUUUCAUUUUAGAGGGACGGGCUAAUGCCCCCAUGGCUUUACGCAGAGGAGGGAAGGGGGGGGGGGGCUUCGCCUUGAAAAUUCCACAACAUUCACUGGAAUAGUGCAUGAUGUCCUUCACUUUAUCACUUUUCGAAUGUGUCUUGCCCCAGAUUCUUCUUACCUCCAAGAUUCCAAGUGCCUUUUAUUAAUCAGGGGAUGCUGGUUUGAUAAGCGAAAAAAGUUUUUACUACAAAAUGAACUUAGUUCGUUUUGGUAAUGACAAAUUUGACAUGCAAAAAAAAAAAAAAAGGUUCGCUACAAAGCGAAGGUGAUUUUGGUUCAGGAAAAAUUGG